GCUGGACGGACGCGCGUUCCCUCUCCACGAUACUGAAUGAUAUCCUGCACCUAGUGCUGUCUUCCACCUCUCCACAUUUCGGUAUCUUCUUCUUUUUUCUUUCUUUUUUUUUCUUUUUUGUGCAUUUCCUGCCAUUUACCGGGUUUUGGCAUUUUCAAAUGUGAAUUCUGAGAGGAUAUUCUUUAUUCACGAAAAAAAUGGAAAAGCGAGCAUUAAUAGAAGUCGAAGGAAAGGGAGAUUCAAAAGACAUUUCAGAGACAGUGAAAAAAGAUUUUAUUUGACUGAUUAUUAAGGAUAUAACACAAAAAAACUUUUUUUUCCCCCCACUGUGUCAAAUAAAUACUGCUCAGGAUUCCACACUAAAGGAAUAUGCUGAAACACCUUGCAGUCCUUUCAAAUUGAAAAUUCUCAUUAAUAUCGAGUGGAAUAUCGUUUUUGGAGAUGGAUACGAUGAAGGAUCGAGUUUUGGCCCCUGGGAAGGAGAGACUGAGGAAUCUGGCAGGGAAAACCCUGGGACACAUGCACAGGGUGAUGGAGAAGAAGCAGAAAACGGGUGAGGUUAUCGAGCUGACUGAAGAUGGGCGGCCCGCGCAGAUACAGGAGAAAAAACCUCCUCUGUGCGACUGCACGUGCUUCGGGCUCCCGCGCCGGUAUAUCAUCGCCAUCAUGAGCGGCCUCGGCUUCUGUAUUUCGUUCGGGAUCCGCUGUAACCUCGGAGUCGCGAUCGUCGGCAUGGUCAACAACAGCACCAUUCACAAGGGUGGCAAGAUCAUCAUUAAAGAGAAAGCCAAGUUUAACUGGGACCCUGAGACGGUGGGAAUGAUCCAUGGCUCGUUUUUCUGGGGAUAUAUAGUGACACAGAUUCCAGGAGGUUAUAUAUCCUCACGACUGGCGGCCAACAGGGUGUUUGGUGCUGCUAUCGUGCUUACAUCAACACUCAACAUGUUCAUCCCGUCGGCUGCGCGUGUGCACUAUGGCUGCGUCAUGUUUGUGAGAAUUCUGCAGGGCCUUGUUGAAGGUGUGACCUAUCCAGCAUGCCAUGGGAUUUGGAGCAAGUGGGCUCCACCCCUGGAGAGAAGUCGCUUAGCAACCACCUCUUUUUGUGGUUCAUAUGCUGGUGCUGUGAUAGCCAUGCCAUUGGCUGGAAUAUUAGUGCAGUACUCAGGCUGGUCUUCUGUCUUCUAUAUAUACGGUUGUUUUGGGAUCCUCUGGUACAUGUUUUGGAUUCUGGUGUCGUAUGAGAGUCCUGCAGAUCAUCCCACCAUUACAGAUGAAGAGAGAACUUACAUAGAGGAGAGUAUUGGAGAAAGUGCCAAACUACUUGGGGCAACUGAGAAAUAUAAGACGCCCUGGAGGAAGUUCUUCACCUCUAUGCCGGUCUAUGCAAUCAUUGUGGCCAAUUUCUGCAGGAGCUGGACCUUCUAUCUGCUGCUCAUUAGUCAGCCAGCAUACUUUGAGGAAGUGUUUGGCUUUGAAAUCAGUAAGGUUGGUAUGCUCUCUGCUCUACCCCAUCUGGUUAUGACCAUCAUUGUGCCAAUCGGUGGUCAAUUGGCCGACUUCCUCCGCAGUAAAAACAUCUUGUCAACCACCACCGUCAGGAAAAUCAUGAACUGCGGAGGGUUUGGGAUGGAAGCCACUCUGCUGUUGGUGGUUGGUUUCUCUCACAGUAAAGGGAUGGCCAUCUCAUUUCUGGUGCUAGCGGUUGGGUUUAGCGGCUUUGCUAUAUCAGGUUUUAAUGUCAACCACCUUGAUAUUGCGCCCAGGUAUGCCAGUAUACUGAUGGGCAUUUCUAAUGGAGUGGGCACACUCUCUGGAAUGGUGUGCCCUCUCAUUGUAGGUGCCAUGACAAAACACAAGACACGUGAGGAGUGGCAGAACGUGUUCCUGAUCGCUGCGCUGGUGCAUUACGGUGGCGUGGUGUUCUACGGGAUUUUUGCUUCGGGAGAGAAGCAGCCGUGGGCUGAUCCAGAGGAGACCAGCGAGGAGAAGUGUGGCUUCAUCGAUGAAGAUGAGUUAGCGGAGGAGACCGGUGACAUUACAUUGAGUCACGCUCCUUUUGGAGGCCAGAGUGCUAUUGGGGGUCCCGCCAAAACAUAUGGGGCCACAACACAGCUGAACGGGGGAUGGGCAAAAGGCUGGGAGAAAACUGAAGAAUACAUCCAGGAGGAAGCUGAGCAGAGAUAUAAAGGAGACCGGUAUUCGUAGAUAACCAUUCAGAAUGAUUCAUCACAUAAAAUAUUUUAAAAAAUUAAAAAAAUAAAGCAGAGAUAUUGAGUUGGAAUAGUGGUAAUGUUGCAAUACCCUAAUAGAAUAACUGUGGGAGCGAGAGACAUCUUUGUAUGGAGUACACAAUGUAUUCAGAGAGCAAAAUAUUAAUAAGAAAAUACUCCUAAUUAUAAAGAAAUCAUAUUAAGGAGUAUAGUAAGAAUAUAAAGACUAUGUAAAUGUUUCUUUAAAAAGAAAAUAUAUUUAUGUUCAAAUAUUACAGCAUUUAAGCAACUGACAAUAUUUAAUAGCACAGACAUAUCUGUAAUCAAAGCACAGGUCUUGGCAUGUUUCCAGGUUUAGACCAGUUUUGCUUUAGUUUAGUGUAGUCUACUGUAUUAAUUCAGUAGAUGAGUACUUAUAGGGUUUAAAAGGUCAAAACCAAUUAGAGUAGAUGAGUAGAUUGUAGUAUUGUUCAAAAGAAACAAAUGUUUCACAUGGACGUUUUUUGCUCCUCUGGUUUACAGAGCUCAUGCCAUUGACCUUACAGAAAAUAUGCAAAUUUGGGUUAUGUAACUAUACUAUAUAAAUGUAAAACUACAAAGAGUGCUGUUUAACAUGAGGUACUUGUACUAUAUUAUGAACCUGUCCCUUUAUUUGGGACAAAAAAAAAAAAAAACCUAGAAGAUAGAGCAAAUAGAAGUUAACCAACUACUGUAAAUGGUACAGAGAGAAUCUAAAAUAGCACAAACAUAACAUAACUGAUAUAUCUGAAUAUUGAUGUGUAUUUAAAAAAGUGUGAAAUAUAUUGAUACCUUUAAAUGUCCUAAAACUACACUUGAGAACUUUUAAAAGUGCCAUCUUGAAUAAAUUGUGGCACAAAGCAAAUUUAAUUCAGCUAUUUACAUCGACAAUACAUUUAAGUGUGUGAUACUUUAUUGCUUGGCAAUACAGUCGUGUAUUUUCAAUGGUAUUAAGCUGGUCUUCAUCUAAAACGUUCCAUUUUAGCCAACAUACUGUAUAAUGACAAACCUGACAUUUUCUAAUAUACUUUGAAUGCACUGACAUGUUGUUAUUCUGAAAAAAGUUGUUUCUAUCUUAAGUACGUGUUUUGACAUAGAUUUAUCGUUUCUGUGAGACAGUCAGUGAUUUCUGUGCUUAUUGUUCUUAUUGGGCCAUAUUUAUCAAAGAUUGUCAGUGUGGAUGUCCAUUUAGGACGUAUAUUGUGAUAUCAGAGAGGACAUUCCAUAUUUAUGGUUGAAUCCUGCAUAAGGAUUUGUUGAUCACUGCAACGUAUUUAACUGUUGCCAUGCAAAUUUUAUGUAAUGUGUUUGAAAAUGUUGAUGGUUGAAUCUCACGCAACCUUUCAAGAAAAUGCCUAGGUCAGACUUCAACACAAAAUCAAAAGAAAGAACUAAGAAAUUAUAUUUUGUAUAAACAUUAAACCUUCUCUUUAUUCUCAGUACCUUAAUGCAAAAAAAGUCUCAUUCUAGUCACUGAAAUCUAAAGGAAACAAUUAUGUUAUUUAAAUCGUUAAAGGAAUAGUUCACCCAAAAAUAAAAAUUCAGUCAUUGUUUACUCACCCCUGUGUUGUUAUAACCCUAUAUGACUUUCUUUCUUUUUCUUAACACAAAGGGAGAAAUUGUGAAAAACUUUGGGCUCAGUGAUGUCAUACAGUGGCAGUUUAUGGUGAACAUCUCUUCAAGCUUAAUUUUUUUUUUUUUUUUCAGAAGUCUAUUAAAUUAUUCCAUGAGAAAAAUUCUGAUUACAGUACAAAAUAUACCUUUUAUCACGUGUCGUUUGCCAUCAGUUUAGGACACGGUGUGACUGUGGCUGUCUGUAGCCACCACUAUGUUUCUAUGUUCUGAUUUCAGAGUACUCCGUUAAAAAUAAAUAAGGCUGGGCAUAGAAAUGCAUCAAUUCUUUGAAUACAAACUCUUCAGACAUGUUUAGUAAGUUCUGUUCUUUGUUUUGUGCAGCUGUGCUAUGUUCUUUUUACACCAUCGCUGUGGCAGACCUGUUUUUAGAUAAACAAAACGAGUUUUCGCUUGAACGCCCCAAUGUCGCGAAGGGGCUGCGUGAACUGUUGCUCUCAUGCCCUAUCAUGAACGUGCACAGGAGUUCAAAGGUCAGUGAACAUUUUCACUAAAUAAUACAUUAGAUUUCAGUUUGUUUCUCGCCAAACCUUCGUAUGAUUCCAUAACAAUCAUGAGUCUCAUGGAGUAAUUUAUUAGACUUCUGAAUUAUACUUUCACAUUCUUUUAAAGCUUGAAGAGGUGGUUACCAUAAACUGCCAUUGUAUGACAUUACUGAGCACAACAUUUUUUCACAAUUUCUCUCUUAAUAAUAUAGGGUUAUAACAACACAAGUGUGAGCAAUAUUGACUGAAUUUUCUUUUUUGGGUGAACUAAUCCUUUAAGUAUUUAUACAUCAUGGUUGUAUUAUUUGUUCUGUGUAGAUUAAUAAAAAGGUCUUGAUUAAUAAUGCUGAAAAAAAGCAUUGUAUUACAGUCAUUUUAACUGUUAUACAAAAAAUACAUAAAAAUAAUGUAAAUUUGCAUUACGGUAAUGAGAAUCACCACUGAAAAUAAUGAGAAUGAUAAAAAAAACCUCAUGAAAAACAUCCAGAUGCAUUACGAUAAUGACAAUUUGAUUUGAUUUGACUGUAAUACAAUAAAAAAAGAAAUGUAUUACAGUUAUGAGAAUCACAAUUGAGAAUAAUAAGAAUUAAAAAAGAAAAAACUCAAGUAAAACAUCCGGAUGCAUUACAGUAAUGACAAUUUGAUUUGAUGGUAAUGAAACUUAUUUGGAUAAAGUACAUGAAGCCUGUUUUUUUUUUUCCUCUCAUUACAAUAAUUGUUAUUAUCGUGAUGAAAAAGAAAUCUUAUUCCUGUCUGUAACUAAAAGAAAAUAAUAAUUUUAUUUAAAUAGUUAAGUAUUUAUACAUCAUAGUUGUAUUUUUUUGUACUGUCUUUAUUAAUUUAAUUAUGCUGAAAAAACGAAAAUUUGAGAUAAUAAUGAGAAUUUGAUUUGAUGGUAAGUAAACUUGAAUAUCAUGAAUAUUAUCAUGUCACAAUGCAAAACAAAUUUAUUUUCCUAAAAACAGACUUCAUUUACUUUAAACAAAAUAUAAUUUCUUAUUUAUUUAUUUAUUUUUAUUUUGGGGUGAGAUGUGACGUAUUUUUUGUUAUUUACCCUGAUACGAUUCACGCCUGACACAAACCAGCGCAUUGUGUUUAGUUAACGAGCACUUAUCUAAGACGAUGUCUUCAAAGUCUUAAACGGUUACUGGAACAAACUGAAAAACACUUAUUACAAACAUGUUCUGCAAUAAUUUACUGGUAAUUGUUUUGCUAUAAUCAACAUCUGAAUUAUUCACAAAAUCUUAACUGUGUCUAGAUGUUUACAGAAUGUUUGCAAAAGUCUUAUUGAAACAUCAGAUUCAGCUUAAACCCAAGUUUAAUGUUUGUUCUUCAUGGAUUAAAAGAUACAUAGACAUUUUCAGAAGUUGGAAUCUGAGCCAUGUUUUAAGCUGUUCCAAAACUAAACUAGAUGUAUAGAUGUUUUCUAGAUUUGUGUAUUUUGUGAUGAAUGUAUCACAAACUGAAGCUCUAUUCAUAGCCUCUUGCCUAAGACUGAAGUGCACAAGUGAUUGUUAUAUUCUAUUGUUGUGUCAAACAGAGAGAUUUGUUGAUGUCAAAAGUGUUAUACUGUCUGAAUUGCUCACUGUCAUUUUAUAUCAAAUUAAUGAAUUUAAGACAUUACAGUAUGUCUUACCUUUGAUUUUCAGACUGAUGGACCAAACAUUUAGAGGCAAUUUUCUGGUUUUGAAAAGAUAAGAGUUGAUGUUCUUUGUAGAGUGUGAUGCAUGAUAUAGUCAUUAAACCAUC